CUGGAUGGCGAUUAGAUCGAUUAGAAAUGCGUUUCAAAUCAUUCUAUAUUGGACUGUUGUUUUGGGUAACAGUAUGUGAGGGAUUCGAGAGUUAUCGAUUGCCAAAUACUACAAAGCCGACUCAUUACGAUUUGUUCAUUGAUACAAAUAUCCACGAGGGAGAUCUGGAUUACAAUGGAACUGUGAAGAUUUACAUCGAUAUACAGGAGGACACCAAACAAAUCGUGCUGCAUAGUUCGCGGAGUACUCUAGUGAAUGUGGAGUUGAAAAACAGUGACCUAUUGAAUAUCCCUGUGAUUAAGUAUGAUACCGAAAUCGAAAAGGAUUUCCUAAUUGUCCACGUAGCGAGUGAGUUGAAAAAUGGCAGCAGUGUUGUGUUGGAAAUCGACUUUGUCAACAGUAUCAACCGAACGGAUCAGAAGGGAUUCUACCGUACGUCGUACACCACCGACGAAAAUGUCGUCAAAUAUGCCGGCCUGACCCAGUUCCAGGCUUGCGACGCGAGGUCAGCGUUUCCUUGUUACGACGAACCUGGCAUCAAAACCACAUUCGAUGUUCGAAUUACGUGUGGGAAUGACUAUCACGCUAGGGCGAACGCCGGCAUCGCUAGUGUUACUAUGCUAUCCGACAAGAAAAAGUUGGUAAAGUUCAAGCGAAGCCCCAAGAUGCAAACCUAUCUUCUAGCUUUUCUGGUGUCGGACUAUGCAGUCAAGCGAGAUUACGCAAAUUCUACCAAGAGAAUAACCGUACAAUCGCUGGCCCGUCCAUCGCAAGCAGAUCAGCUGAACUACUCGGUAGACGCCGCGGUAAAGUUGAUCGAUGAACUGCAGUCCUACUUUGACCACCCGUACGAGCUCGAUAAAAUCGACAACGUCGCGAUUCGUAACACUGACUAUUCGGACGGGGCCAUGGAGAACUGGGGUCUGGUCACAUACCUGGAAUCGUACCUACUGGUCGGCGCAGCGUCUUCGGAAAGUGCCAAAAGGGACGUGGUCAUUGUGAUUGCUCAUGAGUUCGCACAUCAGUUCUUUGGAAACUUGCUUGCACCGAAGUGGUGGUCAUACCUGUGGCUUAACGAGGGAUUUGCCACCUUGUACGAAUACUACCUGGCCGAUCGUACCCAUCCACAUUUACUGAUUAAGGAUCGAUUCACGGUGGUGGCUUUGCAGGAAGCGUUGCAAAAAGAUUCCAGCAUUACGGUGAGACCGAUGACGCAUUACGUGGAGACUGUGCCCGAGAUUGGCCGGCUUUUCGAUAGUAUUGCAUAUGCAAAGUCGGGUAGCGUCCUGCGUAUGAUGUUACACGUGCUUGGAGAGCAAACCUUUGUCAAGGGAUUGAGACAUUAUAUCAAGAAAAAUCAAAACUCCGUCGUAGAACCGUCCGAUUUGUACAAUAGCCUACAGAACGCAACCACGGAGCAUCAAUCACUACCAACUUCAUUGACCAUCGCUACAGUCAUGGAAAGCUGGACCAAUCAGCCGGGAGCUCCAGUGGUGACGGUAGAACGGGUAGCAGAUUCCAACGAGUUCAAAUUUACCCAGAAGCGUUUCUACCACACUCCGAGCCCUCCCGAGAACAACCAAACCUGGUGGAUCCCAAUCUUUGUGUACACCAACAGCAGUGAAGGCGCAUACGGCGAUAAACCGUUGUUUUGGAUUCCGCAAGGAACUUCUGCAAUGACACGGAAGAUUCCCAUUGAGGAAAACGAUGUCUUUAUCCUGAAUCCCGGUCAGUUGGGAUAUUACCGCGUCAAUUAUGAUAAAGCAACAUGGAAUAGUUUGGUUGAAACUCUUGAAUCUUCGCCUGAAACCCUUGAUUCCGCCACCCGAGGUCAGCUGAUUGAUGACUCGAUGAAUCUCGCCAACGCCGGUAUGCUGGACCACGAGAUGAGUUUCAAAAUCUUGGAUCACCUACGAAACAGCACUGACUUCCUUCCGUGGAAAUCUGCCUAUCGCAGCAUACUCGAACUGGAUAAAAUGCUCGCCACGGAUAACGACGCCCUAAACCUGCUGCAUCAAUACAUCAUUCAACUAUCGACGAAGCUGUUCGAGUCUUACGGAAUGAAGGAACGCGUCGGGGAGAACACGAACGAUCACGAUGCUCGCCUUAUCGCGGUGGACUUGAGCUGCCGCGUUGGUCAGCAAAAGUGUACGGAAUAUGCCGCUGCUAAGAAGACGAACAUCCUGGAUCAACGAACGCACAGGCUGGUGAUCCGGUCGGAAACGGAGCAGCGCUGGUACUGUAAUGCGCUGAGGACUGCCCGCGAACUGGAAGUCGAGUUGUUCCAGGAAGCGCUGGAGAUGGAAGAAGAUUCGCAGGCGCGAUCCUACCUGAUCAAUUCGUUGGCUUGUGUACGAGAUCGAGUGCUUUUGGAGCAAGUUAUGGAGUACGUUGCCGAGCAGGUUGGAACUAAUGAGCUGUACAGAUUCAUGGGAGCCGCCGCAGAGGACAGUGCUGCCGGAAUGAAUGCCGUAAUUGGAUUUUUGACUGAAAGAAGGAAUCAAAUGGAUGAUUUCUUCUCCAACACGAGGGCCGUCGAGCGGCUAAUUUGCAAGCUGGCGGAGAAAAUUGUGGACCGAACUAGUGCCGACAGGUUGCUGAUGCUGGCGAAAGUUCUGCGCAUCGCUCCCGACCUGGAGGCAAACCUCAGCGGUAAACUGGACGAGCAAAUUCACUGGAAGGAGCGAAACGUCCCGUUGGUGCGGGCAGCGCUGGAACGGUACCAACCGUGACGGCUGGCUCAAUUUUGUGGAAAUAAUAAAGCUAAUGAAAAUAGUCGCGGUUAAUGUGGUGAAAGUAUC